AUGGACCCAAAAGCAAAUGACAAAUUUGCUGAGUGGUUGAACAUGAGAUAUGGUUCAAUCCAGGCAUGUAAAAUCGUCAGAGGAAAGAUACACAGAUAUCUUGGAAUGACUUUGGAUUUCUUGGUGAAAGGAAAACUCAAGAUCCGCAUGGACGACUAUGUCAAGAACAUGUUGGAAGAUUUCCCUUUCAAGUUCAACAAGGAUUCAAAGCAGGAAACACCAGCUGAAUCACUACGAGUCAUGAAAUGGAUGAUCGACGCAUCAUUUGCGGUGCAUCCAGAUUUCAAGAGCCAAACUAGCGGCACUCUGUCUUUUGGAGGAGGUGCAGCUCAAGUGAUCGAACACUGUCUGACUGACGAUAUGAUUGCGGAUUUCAUGACUAAGCCAUUGCAAGGUGAGAAGUGUGGUAAGUUCUGGGAUCUGAUUCUUGGUCCACAGGAAUAG